AGAUGUCCGCCUUGACUUAUUACAUCGACAACAACAUGGACGAAUACGACUUCAUGAGCAUGGACGUCCACAAACACGUGAGGUCAUCCCACAGUGGGAAGGGGAGGAGUAAGGUGAGUCCAGGCAUUCUCUCGGUGGGAGUAAAAGGGAUCGUUGGAUAAUCCGGGUUUGAAAAUCAUGGAGGGACGAAACGGAUUUUUUUACAAUUCUAUUUGAAUGAUUCGAAACAGAACAAUUUCCCACCUAAUUCAUUGCCACGGGAAACUUAAAAACUCAAGAUCUGAUUGCAUUUAAUAAUUUUAUCUCGAGGGAAUGGGGCGCAGUUAUUCGUAGCUGUUCAAUGAAUGGUUCCUAGAGGGACACGUAUAAGUUAAUUUGGGAGUAAAAUGUCCUUCAAAUCUUUUAGUCAUACCCAUGGAGCCGCAUCUAGUUGAGACAACCGUAGGCCCAGUUAACGCUAAAUCAUGUAUUUAAAAUGACACCAAGUUGUUUACCCGACCACAGUUUGCAAACUUGCGCAUUAAAAUAAUGUCUCAAUUUCUCAUUCCACUAGAAAGAGGCCACCGCCAAUACAAACAGGUUUGACCAGAGCGGGCACUGCAGGAAGACAGUACAAAAACUGAUGAACAACAUACAUAAAAGGUAGGGGCAUGAAAAAAAGCUGGGCUUCUUUUAAAAUAGUACACAUUUAAAUCUAAUAAAAAACAGAAUAAAGUAACAAUUAUUACAAAUAGCUGAGGAGUGAAUGAUUGUUCCACAUUCAUUGAAUUGAAAAUGAAGGGAGACAAGCCAAUGCAGCAGGGUAGAUAAUCCAGGAGAAAUAAAUAAUUAAAACAAAUAAAAUCAUCAAAACUUCAUUUCAUUCACGUUUAGAAAAUAAUAUAUUCAAGAUAGUAUGGCUCUAUUUAUACCAUUCAGUCUCACUUAACGUUAUAAAAUAAACAUUGCACCUUAUUUUCAGAAAAUAAUCUCACUGCCUUAAAGAAUUUAGACUGGUGUUACUGAUGAAUGUUCCCUAUUAAAUUGAUGUCACCGAUGAAUGUUCCCCAUUUAACAGAUGUCACUGAUGAAUAUUCCCAAUUAAACUGAUUUUACUGAUAAAUGUUCACCAUUGAUUUGAUGUCACCGAUGAAUGUUCCCCAAUGAAUCGAUGCUACUGAUGAAUGUUCCCCAUUGAACUGAUGUUACUGAUGAAUGUUCCCCACUGAACUGAUGUUGCUGAUGAAUGUUCCCCAUUGAACUGAUGCUACUGAUGAAUGUUCCCCAUUUAACUGAUGUUACCGAUGGAUGUUUCACAUUUUUUAAAUUUUAUAUUUUUUUACUGCAAAAUUGCUAUUUCUUUUACAAUGACACCUGUAAGGCAAUGAUUUUUUUAAUGCAACAAAUAAAAAUGUUUAUUUUAUAAAUUAAAUCUGACUUUCUUGACUUGAUUGAAUCAUUUGACUUUUCAUCAUUUAUUCAUUUAAUUCCCAUGCGUCCAUUUAUGUCUACCUAACUUGUCUGUAGUGGAAGGCUUUUGCGCCUCAAUCUCUCACUACUGUUCUCCAUUAGAGCUUUAAAUUCCCAAGGCUGUCCAACCCAGCAUGUCCUGAAGUGUUAGCUUGCUGACAUUCCACUGACAUUCUCUAUUGACACUCCUGUAUGUUUUUGUUUAUGUGAUUUGUCAUUUCUCUUGAUCUGCUAAAGAUGUCAUGCAUUAACAAACUGAAAACCUUUUUUUCUUUAGCCAAUUUUAAUCUCCCUGUUUUAAAGUUAAAACAAUUAAUCCAGUUUUGAAAAUCCCAAUUUCAUUACUACACCAAUAAAUAAAACAUGUCUUGUUGUUUUUUUUGUUUUUGUUUUUUUUUUGUAAUUUUUUUAGAGGGUCUGGAAUGAGGAGGAAAUAAUUUAAUUUUAAUCCAUGCAUAUUCUAAGUAUUUAUGUCAUAGUCAGAUUUUGGUAAUUAAAUUUUAUAAUU